UCAAAUUUUCUUUGCAGAUUUUCAACAAAAGUAAACUCUUCCUACUUUCAUUGCAUUGGAGGAGACAAACUAGUUUACAAGACUCUUGGUCAACAAUUGGACGAAACUGCCUAUAAUCACCCAAAUAAAGAAGCUAUUAUUUCGUACCAUGAAGGAAAACGCUUUACAUUUUCUUCGGUUAAAGAUGUUGUCGAUAAACUUGCAGCUAAUUUCCUCAAACUCGGCUUAAAAAAAGGCGAUCGAGUUGGUAUAUUUGCACCGAACAAUAUGCAUUGGUAUCUCACAAUGAUGGGAGCAGGAAAAGCUGGUUUAGUAUCAGUUGGUAUAAAUCCAGCAUUUCAAGCUCCUGAAUUAGAAUAUUGCCUAAAGAAGGUAGGAGUUAAGGCUUUAGUAACUGCUGAAUCAUUUAGAUGUCAACAAUACUAUGAAAUUCUGGAGAAAAUUUGUCCAGAAAUAAAGGAUUCUAAGGAAGGACAUCUAAAAAGUAAAAAUUUACCAAAUUUAAAAGCAGUUAUCAUUGAUUCUCAAGACAAAUUAGCUGGGGCUUUGAAAUUUAAUGAUCUUCUUGAUUGUUCAGACAAAGAUGCUGUUCAAAAAGUGAUUAAUAUGCAGUCAACUAUCACAGCAGAUUCACCUUGUAAUAUCCAAUUUACAUCAGGAACUACAGGCCAACCAAAAGCAACAGUUCUAACUCAUUUUAAUCUCAUUAAUAAUUCCUAUUUUAAUGGUAAACGUAAUGAGACAGAAAAUCAAAGACUUUGUGUUCAAAAUCCACUUUUUCAUGCUUAUGGGAUCUCUGUUUGUACAACUGCCGCACUUUGUCAUGGAGCGACAAUGGUCUUGCCAUCAGAUGGAUUUAAUCCUGAGGCAUCAUUGAGAGCAAUUGUAGAUGAAAAAUGCACAACGAUUCAUGGAACACCAACAAUGUAUGUAGAUCUCAUUAAGAAACAAAAAGAGUUACAGCUGCCUAUCAAGACUGCAGAAAUUGGUGUCACAGGAGGAGCACAGUGCUCUCCACAUCUUCUGAAGGAAAUUAAAGAUGUUCUCAAUUUGAAAAAGGUGAAGAAUGUUUUCGGAAUGACUGAACUCACUGCUGUUGUAUUCCAAACUAUGAUGGAUGAUGACGAGGACAAGAUUCUUAAUACCGUAGGUCUUUUGCAUGAUCACCUCGAGGCAAAGGUGAUUGAUUUGGAUGGAAACACUGUACCUUUUGGAGAGCCUGGGGAACUAUGUAUCAGAGGAUACUCCGUUAUGAUGCACUAUUUGAAUGAUGAAGCUAAGACCAAAGAAACUCUGAGUCCUUGUAGGUGGCUUCACACAGGGUAAGCUUUUGAGUCUCGAGUAAAGGAAAAAAUUAAAAGUCUCCACAUUUAGGGACAAGUUUAUUCUUCAUGAAAAUGGAUACGGACAGAUAGUUGGUCGAAUAAAAGAAGUUAUCAUUCGUGGUGGUGAAAAUAUAUUCCCGAAGGAAAUUGAAGACUUUUUAGGAACACAUUCUAAUAUUCUCGAAAUACAUGUAAUUGGUGUCGAAGACGAAAGAUUGGGUGAAGAUAUAUGCGCUUACGUUCGAUUACACGAUGCCUCAAAACCUAUCACCCGAGAGGAUUUUAAAACCUUCUGCAAAGGGAAACUUUCAUAUUUCAAGAUUCCCAGAUACAUAAAGGUUGUGAAAGAUUUUCCCCGAACAACUUCGGGUAAAAUUCAAAAAUUCAAACUUAAAGAGGCUUUUGCUAGUGAGCGAUGAGAUAGAAUUAAAAGCUUCAAAUGUGUAAUAGAGUUAAAAUAAGAACUGUGUACCUAUAGGCUAUAUCCAAGCGAAAUAUAUUUCUGUGAAAAAAUAAACAAAUUUGUUGUCUUAAUUUAUUUGAACAAUGGUUCAUUUGAACAAUUGGAUAUAAUUAAAAGAUCGGUCGUGCCAAGUUCUAUCACUGUACCAAUUCUUCGUACCAAUUUUUCGUUUGGUCAAAACAGUGAAAAACUUUUCACGAAAAUCAUUAUUUAAAACAGUGGCGUGAGUAUAGAAUGGAUCCUUUAGGAAAGAAAGCAUCUUUUGGUGUUAUUCUUUAAAUUUUGAGCAUAGCAGGCAGAUCGAGGCAAUAUUUAGCUCCCAUACAAAAUUCCUUCCAAAAUCAAGCCGAACUAAAAUCACAUUUUCGUGAAAACUUCGGUGUGCAAAACUCUGUUAAUUAACUUACAACUCAUAUA